GCCACGCCAACUCUACUAGUUCCUCCCUGAACACGUUCGAGAGAGCGAGCGAGAGAGAGAGAGAGAGGGAGAGAGAACUCGGUUACAGUUCAUAGAAGAAAAGCGAGAACAGCAUUGAUGAAGUCGUCCGGCCGUUCAGACCGUUCAAACUAGCAUCAGUAGAACUGUCUGCUCUUCCAAUCUUCCCUUGUUACCAGGUCGGUGUUCCAGCUCUGGUUAUCUAUGUAGAAGAAUAAACAGAGAAGCUUUAUUGGUUUAUCGUUUUCUCCAUUCCUUUUGGUGCUUUUUCUCGGUGGCAUGAAAUUUAUGCUUCGUCUCAGAUUUUUUUUUUUAGCUGCGGAAUUCGGUUGUUGAAGUUUACACUUUUUUCUUUAAUUUUUUACGAAAGAAGAUGUUGUCUAGAUCUUGUGCGAAUUUAUUGAAUUUGGUUUCGUCGGGAGCGGUAGGAGAUUUGCCAAAAAUCGGUCGAACUCGAUUGCCGAGGGUGAUGACCGUACCGGGAAUAAUAUCUGACUUCGACGGCGACGAGGAUGAAGGCCGGAGCGAAUGCGGAGGUUCGGAUGCCGUAUCGUCUACUGUACAGGAAAGAAGGAUUAUCGUUGCGAACCAGCUGCCUUUGCAGGCGCAGCGCGACCCGGAGAGUAAGAAAUGGUGUUUUGAAUGGGAUAAGGACGCGUUGGUUUUACAACUCAAAGAUGGGUUCUCGCCGGAUGUUGAGGUUGUUUACGUCGGGUGCUUGAAGGCCGAAAUCGACCCGUCGGAGCAGGACGAGGUGGCGCAAUUCCUUCUUGAGAAGUAUAGGUGUGUGCCGACGUUUUUGCCGGUUGAAAUUCAGAAUAAGUUUUAUCAUGGUUUCUGUAAACAGCACUUGUGGCCGUUGUUUCAUUACAUGUUGCCCAUAUCGCCCAACCAUGGCGCCCGUUUCGAUAGGGCUCUGUGGCAGGCCUAUGUAUCUGCUAACAAGAUUUUUGCAGAUAAGGUGAUGGAGGUAAUAAAUCCAGAUGAAGAUUAUGUGUGGGUUCAUGAUUACCAUCUCAUGGUACUGCCAACGUUCCUGAGAAAACGGUUUAAUAGGGUGAAGCUUGGGUUUUUCCUGCACAGCCCUUUUCCGUCAUCGGAGAUAUACAGGACACUUCCGGUGCGAGAGGAGAUUCUCCGGGCUCUGUUGAAUUCGGAUCUUAUUGGUUUCCAGACAUUCGAUUAUGCGAGACACUUCUUGUCUUGCUGUAGUCGGAUGUUGGGCCUAGAUUAUGAGUCAAAGAGGGGUUACAUUGGACUUGAAUAUUAUGGCCGGACUGUGAGCAUUAAGAUCCUCCCGGUUGGAAUUCAUAUGGGUCAGCUUGAAACUGUUCUAUCCCUUUCAGAAACUGCUAAGAAGGUCCAGAAAUUGAAAGAACAAUUUGAGGGAAAAACUGUGAUAAUUGGCGUGGAUGAUAUGGAUAUGUUUAAGGGUAUCAGCCUGAAGUUCUUAGCAAUGGGGCAACUCCUAGAACAGCACCCUCAAUUGAGAGGGAGGGUGGUUCUGGUUCAGAUUGCAAACCCUGCAAGGAGCCGAGGUAAGGAUGUCCAAGAGGUUCAGGCUGAAACUCAUCUUAUUGCGAAUUUGAUCAAUGAGAAGUAUGGUAAAGAAGGAUAUGAACCAAUUGUGUUUAUCAAUGGCCCUGUUUCAACCCUGGAGAAGGCUGCAUUCUAUGCCAUCUCUGAGUGCUGUGUGGUGAAUGCUGUGAGGGAUGGAAUGAACUUAGUCCCCUACAAGUACACAGUUUGCAGGCAGGGGAGCCCUCUUCUAGGCAAGGUCCUUGGCAUUGAUGGGUCCAACACCUCAAGAAAGAGUAUAAUUGUUGUGUCCGAGUUCAUUGGGUGCUCCCCAUCUCUUAGUGGGGCCAUCCGAGUUAACCCUUGGAACAUAGAUGCUGUGUCUGAUGCCAUGAACUUGGCCAUCACCAUGCCUGAGCCAGAGAAACAAUUGCGCCAUGAGAAGCACUACAAGUAUGUUAGUUCUCAUGAUGUUGCCUACUGGGUUCGAAGUUUUGACCAAGACUUAGAGAGAGCUUGCAGAGAGCAUUUCCUGAGAAGGUGCUGGGGCAUUGGUUUUGGUUUGAGUUUCAGGGUUGUUGCAUUGGGUCCUAAUUUCAGGAAGCUUUCAGUAGAACAUAUUGUGUCUGCAUAUAAAAGGACAAAUAGUCGAUUGAUCCUAUUGGAUUAUGAUGGUACCGUGAUGCCACAGGCAUCUGUGGACAAAACUCCUAGCAAUGAAGUAAUUUCCGUAUUGAAUAGUUUAAGCAGUGAUCCAAAGAAUGUUGUUUUUAUUGUGAGUGGCAGAGGGAAGGAUUCUCUAAGCAAAUGGUUUUCUCCUUGUGAGAAGUUGGGUAUUUCAGCGGAACACGGCUAUUUUACAAGAUGGAGCAGAGAUUCUCCAUGGGAGUCCUGUUUGUUGCCAACAGAUUUCAAUUGGAAAAACAUUGCUGAACCUGUAAUGGAACUUUACACAGAGACAACAGAUGGAUCUUCAAUUGAGCACAAGGAGAGUGCCCUGGUCUGGCACCAUCAAGAAGCCGAUCCAGAUUUUGGGUCAUGUCAGGCAAAGGAGCUCCUUGACCACCUGGAGAAUGUACUUGCUAAUGAGCCUGUGGUUGUUAAAAGAGGACAACACAUAGUUGAAGUAAAACCACAGGGGAUAAACAAGGGCAUGGUUGUUGAAAACCUUAUCUCAACCAUGUCAAGCAGGGGGAAGCCACCUGACUUCAUAUUGUGCAUAGGAGAUGACCGAUCAGAUGAAGACAUGUUUGAGAGCAUUGCAAGAUCCAUUUCCAAUCCAUCCUUGCUAUCCAGAGCUGAAGUGUUCGCCUGCACAGUUGGUCAAAAGCCUAGUAUGGCAAAGUACUAUCUAGAUGAUACUGUUGAGGUCAUCAAGUUGCUUCAAGGAAUUGCUACUGCAUCAGUCCUGCAACCAAAAUCAGCAUAUCUUCAGGUCUCCUUUGAAGGAUCUCUAUGAAAAGCUUAAAAUAUAUCCUGGUGAUGAUUUAUUUUUGAUUGGUACUGAAGAUGAUUCAAACAUCCAUUAGCCUGAAUUGGCAUCAUCUAGUGCAAGCCAUGGGUUUUAUGUAUGGAAACAGUUUUCUGGUUUUGCACCCUCUUCUGAGAUUGAAAGGAAGGAGUUUGAUCACAAUCAAGUGCUAAGAAUUAGUUUUUGUACAGGAUAAUAGACAUGCAAAGAUGAUUUCAAACAUAUUAAUUCUUAGCACUUGUGAGCUUCGCGUCUGAGUUCUAGCAUUCCUUGUGAAGCAUGCACCUCAGAUUCUAAAGCCCAAGGGAGAUCUUAUCUGAUAUUAUAUAUUGGGUGAAAAUGUCUGUAGUUGAAGUUGUCUUAAUGCCAUUAAUCUCAGUUAGGAAAAAUGAAACACUUGAAGGUCAGAUUGCCUGAUAAUGCUUGACAAACUAGCACAGAGAUUUCCCAAUCUACGUUCAUUGUCACAUGUACAUACAAGUAGUUAUUUACCUUCUUAUUUCCCUUGAACAUCUGUAGAAAACCUUCUAAGUUGAUCAAAAUUUACCAGAUUUCUUCUGUCAGUUAAA